AUGGCGGCCAGCGUGUAUUGUGGUGGUAAAGUUCUGAGAACUUUUGCCAGAAGCUGUAAGGCUAAAAACGUGAACAAUGGUAAGAUUUCUCCCACUUAGCACAUGUUUCUUUUAAAUGCAAUUUAUGUUAAUAUGUUCUAUUCAGGAACAUUACGAUUAAUAGUAAUGUACAUUUCACGUUACGUUGCAUUAUUGCAAGGAUCAAAGUCCAAGAGAAGCUUUCUGAAAUUCACGCAACUUUUCUUCUUUAGUGGCCGCGAUCUUGUUGACUUUAAUAUUUUUUAUUUUGUCAUGCAGUGUUCCUCAGAUGUGCAAGUACCUCUCAAACGCGAAACACCCCUAAAGGUAGAGAGAUCUAGACUUGCUUAAACAUCUGUAAUAUAGAAUUUUUAGCUGUUGUAAGCGUGUUGAAUUAUCACAUUUUUAAACUUCUACGGUUAUCUUGUCUGAAAGUGCAUAAACCUGAAUUUAUUUGCAUUUCAAAAUGCAUGUACCAGAAUAAGUCUAAAGCAUAGACGAAAUUUCAGUGUAUUUCAAACGAGAAAAAAUAACGUACCUGUCUACAUUUUCUUCACUGACAAAGAUCAAGGUUAAAACCAGCAUUCUAAAUCUUUGUUAAGUGUACCAGAUGGGAAUUUUUUUUGACUAAUAAAGCAUAGCAGGGGUUUCAACAAUUACUAGGUGUGUUAUUAUUUUCACUUGUGUAUAAUAGCUAAUCCCCCAACCCCACCCCCACCCCACCCUUUGAAACCUCCAGGUGAUAUAACUUUGAUUCCUAUGCCUUGCUGGCAGCAUGGAAACAAUCACAGUAAACUCAAACAAUGAUAAUAAUUUGGAACUGCUGGAUGAAAUCCCACUCAAGUCAUGUUGAUGUAUGGCUCAUUCUUAAGUCCUCUUCCUUAAUGUAUUUAUAGGUGCCAAAGCUUCAGGUAGAACAGGAAGAAACAUUGUUUUGGUGGAAGGAGUACGGACUCCAUUUCUUAUGUCAGGAACCAGGUAAGGAAAGUCAGUUGUCAUUGAAAAAAGGAACAAAAAUGCAAGAGUUUUUCAUAAAAUGUGCAUAAAAUUUGAUUUAGAUGUAAGAUAAAGUUCCUCAUCAUUUUUAGCCUUCCAGAAAAUGAAACACUGACAAUUUUAUUAUAAUAUUAAGGGCUGGGGAGAAUUAAAGGAACUGCGUCACAAAAUUGAUCAGUGGGAACCACCACCAAAUUGAAUGAAACAUUAAAAUAACAGCUCAAAACUCUAAAAAAGGUAUAAAUGACACAGAAAAUACAAAAGCAGGCAUGGAUGGACAAACUUGAAAAAGAUUGAAAUUGAGGUAUUUGAAAACUUGUUAGUCUAACAGUUUAUCAAAGUUCAUUUUUUGUGUCUGUAACUUUUGAGUGCUUCCUACAGCUAUAAGUUCUUUACAACAGAACAGAGCUCAGUCAAGGCUUCUUUAUUUGAUUUAUAAUAAGGAAUCCAUUUAAUUCCCUAUGCAUUAUUUUCUUAAUUUCAAAGCAAACUAUCGGCAGAUGGCAUGACAGCUUUAGCUCUGUUUUUUAUGUUCUCAUCAAGCAUGCUUUUCAGCCAAUCAGAGUGUGCAUUAUUUUAUGUGAACUUUAUUGUAAUGUUCAUUGGACCAGUUAGAUUUAACUUUUACAUGUAUGAAUCUUUUAUUAAAAUAAAUGUAGCUUAUUUUUAAUUUGUUUAUUCUGUCAAUUGUCAGCUAUGCUAACCUGUUACCUCAUGAUGUGCAAAGAGGAGCGUUAGAGUGAGUGUUGACAAUGAAGAGAAAGUUUUCUGUGUGGUUUUCAUUGAUAUUGUUAUUGUUAUUGUCAUUUAUAAUCCUUGGCUUGCUUGUUUAAUCCCUGAACAGUGUUCUCCUUAUCAGGCAGUAACCGGUAAAAUUUACCGCCUGAAGGAACACUUCUUACCGCCUGCAACCUCUUGAAGGUUUGCUAGAGUUGAAUAAGUAGUUUUAAAAAAUAUGCAAGUUGUGAUCCGAUCCAAUCCAAUCACAGGUUCAAAUGAAUGAAUGUAUAGCAAAGUACACAGCUUUCCUUUUUAUGGGCCAUGCAUUUUAGAAAGAGAACACUGAAGACAGAGUAAAAUGAUUGAGAUCAAACAUUUUAAAUAAUUGUUGUCUAAAGAUAACAACGGCCGAUUUGCGUCAGAUAGGUCUUAAAAUGAGGGAAUGACAAUUCAAAGAACUUUUCUCCUCCUAGGGUGGGGCCAUGUCCCUCACUCCACUACCCCUCUCCCCUCUGGGAAGUGCACCUCUGGGGCAUAUUUUUUGCCUUACUGACCAUGAAUGGUUGCUUACCUGCUGAGCUAAAAUUUGGGGAGAACACUGCUGAAGCACCAGGUCCAAAUCAUUGACCUUGGGUACGAAAGAGUUCCAUUUAUCAUUAUCAUUAUCAUUAUCGUUAUUUAUAAAUUAUUUAUAUAGCUAUAAUGAUAAUUUUUUUUAUUACCUUCUGAGGGCUCAAUUUGUCUCUGUCAUUUUUCUCCCUCUCCUGGCUUGACUAAUAAAUAUUCUGAGUACAAAGUAUUUUACUAGCAUGUUUGCUGAGUAGCUGCAAAAGCUUGAUUUACUUUGUGUUUGUAUUUUUAGGGGCCUUGUCUCAAGGACAGGAAUAAGUAAAGGUAAGUCAAGGUGUUUUGAUGACUCACUCUUUUGAAAGGUUACUUUUAAAGCCAAUUUUGGGGGGCUCUGAAAUGUCAAGUGGAGGCUAGGUUUUGAUUUUGUUAAUGAUGUAAAUGUGUUUUGUAGAUGCUGUAGAUCAUAUUGUUAUUGGUACGGUCAUUCAAGAAGUCAAAACUAGCAACAUCGCCAGAGAGGUAAAAAAAAUCGCAUCCAUAACAUACGUUAAAGUAAUGAAUAGUAAUUGGAUAGGAACGAGUCCAGCAGCAUUGUCUAGUACAAAGUGGUUAAACAAAUUUAACAUCUACACAGUGAGAGUCUGACGUAUUAAAUUAUGAGUCUGAUUUGAUACAGGUUUAAACAACACAUAGAUUAUUAUUUUGAUCACUUCAAAACCAAGCCUUUUAAAACCUAAGUUUCUUUUUUGUAUACUGUUUAGUUACCUCCAUCUAUAGGGGUGACACAAACUUCCCUAUUGUAUUGACCUAUCAAUGCUGAAAUUAGGUUUACUGAUAGCCAUUCACCUUGGACAAUUUUGUUAUAGUUAUGAUAAAAUGUGCAAACAAAUAUUUCACAAUAAAAACGUAAUUUCAGAGAGGUUUCAUUUGAAUGGUCACACUACUGGACGUCAUGGUCCGUAUAGCCCGCAGAUUUAGAACCACACUGUACAAUACACAUCUCUUUGCCUAACUCGUUGAAUUUUAAGAUGAAACUUGUACAUUGUUUUCCUUAGGCUGCUCUUAGUGCUGGCUUCUCAGACAAGAUUCCCUGCCAUACUGUUACUAUGGCUUGCAUUUCAUCCAAUCAAGCAAUCACCUCAGGUAUGUAGCAGGCAAAAAGGUUCAUUACACCCCUUGACUUAACUAAAAAAAUAAAAGAUAAAAGAAAUGUAGUCAGUUCAACUUUACUUGAUCUUACUAAAUGGUUUGAACCAAGGAUUCACAUAGUGGAAUGUGGUUGUCCAGGAGAGUGGCAUCCUGAAUUGGUCGGUUGUUAACACUAGUUGACAUUUCACAACCACUGUGGCAGUCAUCUUUUGAGACAAAGUGUGUUGUAUCUUACAAGCUGAUUGUAGUAAACUCUGGUUACCAUCGACUGAUGUGAUAAAACUCACUCUGACUCUGAAGAUGACUACCACAAAGGUUGUCGAAACAUCAGUCACUGUCAGCAACAGUCCUACUCAACACUACUUUCACCGGGGGAAUCAUAUUUUACUUACCCAUGAUGUGAUUGCUGGGACAUGGAUUUGUUGCAGGUAAAUUUGUUCCUUACCGUAUUUAUUCGAUUAACCGCCCUGGGCGCUUAUUAAAUUUUUGGACCUUGAGAGUGGGUGCUACUUCGAGGUGGGCGCUUAUUCGAGGCUGGGCACUUAUUAAAUUUUCAACAUUUUCAGCAACAAAGUGUAGUAUGUUUAUUUUGCAACAAAACAAUAAAUGGUAAUAACACAACGCGAAGAUGUAACAAAGCAAGGUUCCUGUAAAAUACUUUGAAGAAAACUCCAUCUUCUGGGAAGUCUCUUAUUAGUUUUAGUACUUGUUUAAUUUACCAACCAUUUGUUUUUGCCUUAUUUAUUUUAUUUGUUUUUAUUUAUUUUACAGCUGUUGGGCUCAUUGCUAGUGGUCAGUGUGAUACAGUUGUUGCUGGAGGAGUGGAGUUUAUGUCUGAUGUUCCAAUCAGACUCAGUCGACCUCUGAGAAAAACUUUACUUUCCCUAAACAAGGUACACUACACAGUUACAAAGUAUUAAAAAACAAGAAUCAAAAUCAAGAUUUAGAAGAAUGAAAAUCCUUUCCUGAUUUCAUUGAUAUUAUUCAUGAGUGGGAGUCAAAAAAAAAAAUUAACUCUGGAAGAGUUUUGACUAGUUGUUGAUCAUUUUAGAGUUUUUAAUAUAGAAGGGAGUGAUUUAUGUACUACUCAAAUACCUUGAAGACACCUUUCAAAAACUUAUAAUUAUAUGCUUUGUUCAUUGUGUGUGUGUGUGAUGAAUCACCCCUCUUUUUGUUUGAUACAUUACUCCUAACCUAUGUAAAGUUUAAGUCUUAAGUCUUCGCCAUGCAUAUUACCAUCAACUUAGUUGUAAUUUUGAAAUCCUGACAAGAAAUAGUUCCUGGUAUAAUUUGACAUAUUUCAUCUAUAUGCAAAACGAUUAAUUUUUUUGCACUAUGCUAAAGUAUCACUAAAAAGGUUUUCUUUUAAAUGGCCAAAUUCAACCCAACUUUGUCAACUUUCCUUAUAACUCACUGAAAAUUGAAGGAAAAUUUAACUUUACUUAAAAUAAUUUAUAAUCUUUUUAGGCCAAAACACUUGGUGCAAGACUUGGACUUCUAGCAAAGAUCAGGCCGAGCUUCCUGAAUCCUGAGGUAUGACACCAUUGCACAGUUUAAUCUUGCUACAUAUAAGCACCUUCGCUAGAGGUAGUUUCACACAGUACACUUUUUUAGCAGAAAGUAUUACAAGAUGGCUUUCAGUUAAAAGCUCAUCUACAUCUUAUCUACCCCAAUACCAAUAAAAAAUAUUUCUUUCAAAAUUUUCCAUGAUUGACAUAGACUCAAAUUACCGGUAGUAAUGGGGUUGUUUGCAAUUAUAAUAUUUUAGGGUGUGCACAAAAACUUGUGAAGAACAGUCACUGUACAUACUGUUACUUUGUUCUCAAUUUAUAAAACGAUACUAAAGAGAACCUCAAGAACGUCCUUUUGAAUAACUUUCAUUAAUUUUGUAAGGUUACAGUAGAGGAUUUCAUCUACAGAGUUAAGGGUUAUCCUGUCAGGGUCAGGCAAUUUGACUUAUGUUUCCAAGAUUAUAGCACUGACUUGUAGAGAAUAUGUUUAGAAAUAAAGACAUUAAAUCACUGGUUUUACGUGGCCACCGAGAUAAUAUGAAAUGGAGGCUUUCAUCCAAAUGAACUAAACAGAAUUUAUGCCUUAGAUAGUUUGGUCCUUAUGAAAACUCCACCCUACUCACAUAAAACCACUCUUGAAGUUCUGUAGGGAUCAUGCAAUUUAUUCUCAUGGCCUACAUGUUUUUCAGUUAGGAAAAGUACAUGGUUAAUUAAGGUGUGGUCUCCUCAACUGUAACAAGGCUUCAUUAAAUUUCAUUCUGUUAUUGGUUUACAGUUACCUGCUGUUGCAGAGUUUUCUACUGGUGAAACCAUGGGACAUAGUGGUGAUAGGUGAAGAGCAUGAUUAUAUUUUAAUGAAACAUGAAUAAUUUUUGGAUAAACAAUAACCUAACGAACCUGUAUUCCUUUCUAGAUUGGCUGCAGCAUUUGGUGUCUCUAGACAGGAGCAGGUAAUUGUCAAUCCACAUCAUUGUCUUCUUUAAUGUUUUAUAUGAAGUUUUGUGUCUUAUAAAGUCAGGGCAUAUAACAAGGUGAAGAAAAAAUUAAUUAGUGAGUCAUUGUGUGGAAAAAAGCCUUAACUGUGCAGAAAAAUGCUGGAUUUUUGGACCAAGAUAAGUCGCAAUUUUUAGUCAUAAAAAUGCCGAAAAAGACAAAGGCCAUUAUCCAGCCAUUUUUCCAAACAAUCGUGGCCAAUAAAAGAUUUUUUGUAUGGUCAAGAAAACAUUUUUUCUAGCGGGACUGAAGCAGCAAAUACCAAGUGGGCAAGAUGUAAGACCUAUCUGGCCCACUUGGUUUGCCAAUCAGAACAGAGGGUUCACUUCAUCUUUCCCACUCAAAGGAGAAAAAGAAAAGUUUGUUGUGUAUCAUAGUAGCGUAUAAACUAUGACCCAGGGCUUGAAAAAAAUUCCUGUUGGGUCGUCCAGGACAAGAAGAUUCUCUAGCUUGUCAUGUAACUUUGAAAGCAUACUUUCCCAAUAGGCAAGGGUCCAGGUACACUAUCCUCUAACUAAAUCAUUAACAAAGAGGGGCAAUAAGUCAGGCCCCGGCAAGCAAAAUGUAAGAGCUGCUUGCCCACAGGAGAAGCGUAAAUUCAAGUUUUUUUCAAGCCCUGAUGAGCCUAGUCUCUCAGACAGUACACCUGUGUAGUCCCAUAAGGACUCAGUUUGUUCUUCUGAGCAGUGUGUGACAUACGGAUGACAGGCAUUUGAUCCUGCUCAUUUCUUCACUAAGCAACUUAAAUUAAAAUAUACCAUCUUACAUUAUUAGUUUUGUCAACUUGUUUGAAAACUCUUUGUUAAGACUCCUAUAUUUUUCUUGCCCAGAGCUAUUCAAUAUUGUUGAGGUUUAGUUCUUGCAACGAUGGCUUACAUGUUGUCAUUUAUGCCUACACAGGAUGAAUAUGCUCUGCGAUCUCACACAUUGGCACACACAGCAGCAAGUGUAAGAACAUUAGUUGCAUUUAUAAUUUGAUCAAGUACCACAAGUGAAAUUUUGUUAUAAUGAUAUCAUUACUUCGUGAGCAACUUUUGUAUGGUAAUACUUGUCAGUCCAACUUUUCUGGUAUGGCGAUUUCUUCUGGACACGAAAGCUUUUUUUAUGAUGCCUUAUGCUUGUAGUUGGUGGAAAGUUUUUUUAUGUCUGGGCACAAGUCAUCCAGUUGUGUGUUGUCAUGUAUGAAAUAAUCGCCUUCGAUACUGCUCAUCACAUGUUAAUAAUAUUCAACAUUUUUGUACUACAAUGGAACAAACUUAAAUUAAUGUUUUUCCUAAAAUCUAAAAUUAUUCAAAGUAUGGGUAUUUUUUCAGCUCAUCUGUGGUUGUGCACAGCAUGUUAAAAAAUAGUAAACAUUUACACUGUAUCUGUUUUCUUAUCUCAGGCUGGAAAGUUAGAGGAUGUUCUUGCCUUUAAAGUACCUGGUGUGUAGCAUAUUAUUUUGUUGAAUUCUGAAACCUUAACACUUGGUUACACUUUAUACCAUAAAAGGUUGCUGCUAUAACUUUAUCCCCUGUUGCAGGCAUAAAUAUCAUCUACAUCAGAGUCCCAAUUUCUCAAACCCUUGGUUUUUCAAAAAUCCUGAUAAUUCAGACCAGAAUAAUAAAUAUUGAUGUACCCCAAGAUUUUCCUUUCACUUUUACUGCUGGAUUAAACACAAUGUGAAGAUUGAAUUAUUGAGAGAUACAGCCUGGCUCCCCUAUAAGACAGGCACCCCCCCCAAGGUGAAACAUAGUGUUGAUCCCAACAGCUGCUGAAUUUCUUUGACUCUCAAUAAGGUAGACAGAUCUCUAACAAGAACAUUUUGUUCUACUUUGUGCUAUUUACUUUAGAACAUUUUUUGGUAUUCGUCUUAACCCUUUUGAUCCAAGAAGUCAAAAUUCAACUAAAAUGCAAAUUUCAUUUUGUAAAAUGUGGAAGAGCCAAAGCAGAGCCGUAGCCAGCUAAAGCCGUAGCUUUAGACUCAGUUGUCUUGAUUAUAGUGACUUGCAAUUGUUUGCCCUUUUCAUAUUAGACGUUGAUUUUUUAGGAGACAUAUCUCAUGACAAGUGCUGAAAAAAGUGUUUCGGAGCCUCCAAAUAUGAAAAUUUGCUGGGGGACGAUACCCCCCUACCCCCCUACAAGGCUUGUGCCUUCGGCACUCACAAUAAUUUCUCCCCCACCCCAUUACCUGUCUACGGCCCUGCAAUGGGACUUUUGUGAAAGUACUGCUGAAGAGGUUUUACUUGAGUGGUCAUACGGUAGGAUUUCAUCCACAUAGUCUCAAAAGUAAGAACCACCUUACCUUACUGACAAGACGUCAUUGCUCUCUCUUGGAAUGAAAAUGGUUGAAGAGAGUACUGUACAUUAUUUCUGUUUUUACCUUGCUUUAGGUAAAGCAGAAACUGUGACAGCUGAUAAUGGGAUCCGUGUCUCAACUCUGCAGCAGAUGGCCAAACUCAAACCAGCCUUUGUCAAACCACAUGGCACCGUUACUGCUGCGAAUGCUUCAUUCUUGGUAGGUUUGGUUCCUUUGGGGAGUAGGGUGGGGAAUUUUGUCUUUUUACUACCAUAGAAAGGGAAUGGAUUUGCUAAGCAGUGUUGAUAAGCACUGUAUAGUGUGAGCAUAGAUUUUUAAAUUACUCCUACUGUUGUUUUCCUGCUCCAAAUAGAGUGAAGAACUUGUAAUAAGCACAACCUAACAAAUGGCCUACUCAGCAAUCAUGAACUAGGCAAAACAAACAAAUCGAAGACUGACAGAAAAAAUCCUUUUAACUGUGAUCAAAGCCAAACUUCCCAAAAAAACUGUCGGUCAACUGUUAGUCGCAAGUUACUGACAGAUUACCAACAGAUUACUGACAGUUGGCCAAUACAGUACUAAAAUCUCUACCGUAAAACCAGUAGUAACCCUUCACAGCUGAUAGACAGCCAACGGCAAUCGGAUAAAUCGACCAACCAGGUCUAUAACUAGGGUUUUCGACUUGCUAGACAACAUAGCGAAAAUAAUUUCUGAAUGUUGAUUAUAGACGGAUGGAGGUUCAGCCUGUUUGAUCAUGAGUGAAGACAAAGCUGUUGAAAUGGGAUUUAAACCAAAAGCAUACUUGAGGUAGAGUAGACCACACUCUUAUUAAAGGAGCUGUCUCACGGCUGUCUGGUACGAAACUUGAGAAAUUACUUGUGAACGACAAAAUCAGAGCUUCGUUUUAAACAAAUGUGUCUCCCAGGCAUUAUGUCAAACUUCACAAACAACAAAAAUGAACUUUGGAAAACAUUUAGGUUGACAAGUUCUCGAAAUCCACAUUGCAGUCCGCUUCAAUCGCUUUUCAAUUUUUUCCAUCCGUACUGCCAUUUGUAUUUGCUGUGUUAUUUUUACCUUUUUAAAUGUUUUGAGCGGUUAUAUUCACGUUUCAUUCAGUUUGUUGGCAGUUCCUACUGUAGUCUGCUACGCAGCCGUUUUCAAUGUCGUCACGCAACGCUCUGAAGAUAGAUUUCGUGACAAAGCUCCUUUAACAGGUUUAUACCCAGUCCAGGUUACCCCCUCCCCUGCUUUGUUUGCCAGUAAGUUUGACCGAUGAAUGCAUACCAAGUUCUAAGUUAAACAGCAUUAUACGGUUAUAAGGCCACCUGGGUAUAAGAAGCCCAACUUAUUAGUGCAUCAACAUGCAGACAAAAAUACGCCCUUCACAAGCCCACCCAGCGAUAAACACCCUGCUAGUAAGGACUUUGGCUUACUUCUUUCGUUUUUCUUGCAGGGAAUUUGUUUACACUUCACAGGAUCCAAAAGACCAACUUCUACUCGGGUAUUUCCUGUAAUUUCUUCUCCCUUUUUUGUCCAGGGUUUUUUUUUUAUUCUGCGUGUAUCACAUAGUUUUACAGAACUUGUAAGUCAUAAAACUUAACUUUUUGUUUAAUUUUGAACUUGUUCUAAUAUACAGUCCCGCCUAUGCUACCCCAAAACUUUUGGACAAAGCCGGACUCAAAAUGGAGGACAUCGAUGUAUUUGAAUACCACGAAGCCUUUGCGGUGAGUGUAUUAAAAACUUUUUUUCGAGAAUUGUUAAUUAUCCUAGCAGCGAUUAACGUUCUUUUCCCUUCUUGGUCAAGGGUCAAAUUCUAGCUAAUUUGAAGGCUCUGGACUCCGACUUUUUUGCACAAAAUUACAUGGGAAGAUCGUCAAAGGUAAGAAAUUUUCCAACAUUUUCUUAAUUUUUAGUCGCUAAGUUUUAAGGAUUUUUCAAACUUUUGUAAAGUACAGUCAACUUUAUAAAUAAAAGCAAGCUUGGCCACUUGAAGGUUGUCGUCAUUGUGAGACAUAUAUCGUAUUUCUAACUUGGCUCAUUCCAUGUUAACAAAAAGGUCGCGUCAUCACCUUUGAUCGACUAGCUUCCCUGAGUGUAGCUAUGCCCCAAAUCAAUAGUUUUGUUAGUUUGAGACUAAACCAUGAUUUAUGGUGUCCGUCUUAUUCUCUUGCUCCUCUCGACUUCUCUGAGCAGUUUUGACGUGAAUAUUUUUUUUAGUUCGGUGCCCCUCCAAUGGAAAAGCUGAAUACGUGGGGAGGUUCGUUGUCCAUCGGUCAUCCAUUUGGCGCCACAGGAGUCCGACUCGUCACCACAGCUGCUAAUAGGUUGUUGAAAGAGGGAGGAAAAUACGGACUGGUCGCCGCUUGUGCUGCUGGAGGACUGGUAAGUAGUCGUUAUUGAUUAACUUGCGCACAGUUUCCAUAGAGCUGAAAACUGAGGAGCCACCAUAAUCAUUUCUUCCGAUGAAAGUAGCUUAGAUCACCUCUGAUUACUGCCAGGGGCAAAAAAAUGGUAUAACAUUCGCAAAAGUUUUUUUAUAUUGAAAAGGCAAAUAUGUUAAAUUUGUAUUCAUCCUUGGAAGUGCCUGUUGUACCCUGUUACGAGGCAAAUUGUUCAUCGUUAAGAGUAAUAAUUUCAAAGAUGCAAUAGGCCAUUUGCACGAUAACGUCUUUUUACUACUUAGACCAGAAUUCAUUUCGUUUUUUCUUUCAUAUUUAAAUUUACUAAUCCUAGUGAGUUUUAAAAAACAAAACCCUUAACGAAAGCAAACCGUGAAGGAUUCUGGUAGUUGGAGAGGGAAUUUCACUUAAGUUAUUUUUGGAGGCUUUAAUUAAAACGGAAGUCUAAUUCCUGGGACGUCCGCAAAUUGUAAUCGAUUGUUUGGAACGUCAUCAAGUCCACGCGCAACUGCCUCAAUGCAAAAAAUUCAGAGUAUUGUAAUGGCGCCUGUUGAAUUCUCUGUUGACAACACUGAAUAAAAGACCUCUCCGGAAACCAACUUCCCAGUAGUUUAAUCGUUUGAUUGGUCUAAAAAUAACUUCGGUGAAUUUCAUAUAUCCUAAGGGCUAGACUGGGCGUUUCUCUCUGUCUCAUUAUUCUCUCUUGUCUAUAUACUACAGGCCCCGGUUUGAAAGUUAGAUAGCGCUCUCCACCGGAUAAAUCACUAUUCAACGGAUAAGUGUUAAGGAAACCAAUUGCGUUAUCCAGUGGAUAGCGUUAUCCACUUUUUGAACAACUUGCCAGGCUGUCAGUUAGCCAUAUCGAGGGAAAGGAAAAGCGAGCGAAAAAUAUCUAUGGACACCUGCCUGUAGGGCUAUUAUAUUUGCCAUUCCCCAUAACGAGAAUUAAUAAUCUCUCCAUCUUAAUCGCAAGAUUGAUCCAACUAAGGGGAAUUUAUGAUACUAAUCAUUUCUGGUUUGUGUAUUAUUUUUCCAGGGUCAUGGCAUCAUAGUGGAGCGGUAUCCAUCAUAAAAUGGUUUUCUUUGAAGACGCGAAAAUAUUCUUAUUUUAACAGCUGGUUCCGCUCCAGUUACUUAAAAUGCCAUGCAAAAUCCUUGUUAAAACUUGACACUUGAACAAUAGGUUUUCUAGCUCCAUCCUACGAAAGAAUCCUGCAUUAUAAUACUGGAUAUGUUAAUAACUGGCCUACUAAUCAUUUGUGGAGUUGAUUGUCCAAUGUUUGCACAUGUAUUGCGUAUAAGUAGUUAAUAAACCUGGGUUUAGUAAAUGUUGUUUGUUCAUGAAGUGCUCUUUUACGCUGUUGUUGUGACCUAAGUAACUUAGACCAAGAGAACAUUAAAAAACUGUUAUGUUUCUCCGACCUUUAAGUUCUUUUUAAAGUGAAGGACAAUAAAGUAUUAAAAAUUCUAUAUUUCUUCAAUAGGGUUUUCCACAUGUACUGGUAAAACAAUCUGAAAUCCUUUCUUCACUGGAAAUGCCAUAAACUA